AUGAUAGCCUCUGAUCCCGAGGAGUCCGAGUAUAAAAUAAGCCCGACUUACAUCCAUUGCGUUCAGUUACCAACUAUCAUUCUCCGAUUCAGAACAUCUCACGAAGAAUCAGUAUCGGAUAAAGAUGAAGAUGUUCAGAUCGCGAUUUUCCUGGGCCUCGUCGCCAUCGCCUUCGCCGCACCCCAACGAAGAGCAGUUAAUCAAGCGGAAGUUGUGCUAGUGCAGGAAACGCCAUCGGACAACAUCGGCCUCGACGGCUACAAGUUCGCAUACGAGCUGAGCGACGGCUCGACGCGAGAGGAGUCCGCCCAGGUCGAGACCCGAGGUGUCGAGGAUGCCGUACUCCGGGUGCGAGGCUCCUACAGCUGGGUUAACCCCGAGGACGGACAGGUGUACACCGUCACUUACAUCGCCGACGAAAACGGAUUCCAGCCUCAAGGCGCCCACUUACCUAAGGCACCUUAAAUUAUAAUAGUCCAUUAUUUAAUAAAAAUUUUAUUAUAAAA